UCCCGCGGUGCUGAUGCGAUAGGUUUUGCCUCUGAAGGGGACUGUGAGAGUCUCAGUCUCCCUGAGAGCUGGAGGCAGUGGGUUCGAUCCCGGCUUUCCCGGGGACUGGACUAUUUUAGACGAAGACGGUUGCAAGGAGGGGACAGGGAAUUAUUGAUUAGCCCGGAUUCCAGAAUGAGAACACUCCGAGAGUGUUGCUGUCCAGCAGAGAUGCUGGAGAUUUAAUGAUGUGAAUCUUUUUAUUGCAUGGUUCGGUUGGAAAUUUAAUUUCAGGAUUUUGUUGCGUGUUUUGUUUUUGUGUGGGGAGUGCGAGCACUGGGGGUUAUUAUGGGCUGUGCUCUGUCCGGGACUGGGCUCGAUCCCGGGAAAGCCGGAGUCGACGUGAGCAGUGCAACGCCUCGCUCCGAGGCGGGGGGGUCGGAGCUGGUAGCCUCGGACUCGUACCCCCCUCUGCCCCUGUCCGAGCAGCAAAAAGACCUCAUCCAGCAAUCCUGGAAAGUCCUGCAUCAAGAUAUCGCCAGGGUCGGCAUCAUCAUGUUCAUCAGGCUGUUUGAAACCCACCCCGAAUGUAAAGACAUUUUCUUCCUGUUCCGGGACAUUGACGAUCUUCAGCAGCUGAAGAUGAGCAAGGAGCUACAAUCACACGGGCUCCGUGUGAUGUCCUUCAUCGAGAAGAGUGUGGCGAGACUCACACAGCAAGACAAAUUGGAACAGCUCGCUUUUGACUUGGGUCGAAGCCAUUACAGAUACAAUGCUCCCCCCAAAUAUUACGAGUACGUGGGAGUGCAGUUCAUUGCAGUGGUAAAACCAAUCUUAAAAGAGAAAUGGACAGCAGAUGUGGAAGAAGCAUGGAAGGGUCUGUUCGAGUAUUUAACGCGGACGAUGAAGAGGGGCUAUCAUGAUGCUGAGCAGAGGGACAAUGUGAACCGGGGAAAUUAUACAAAACGGAGAGCUCCAUCUGCUCUGAAGGCCAGUCAGAACGCGGUGUAGCACUCACAGUGUCCCCCCGGGGUUC